AUGUCGACAAAGGCGUCCGCUGUGAAAGAGGCGGUUAGAGAGAGCCUCAUCGGCUCCGAAGAGCCCCCCCAGGCUUCCGCCUCCACCAAGGCCCGGUUCACCAGCAAGGCUUUCAAGGAUCCCGAGAGCGGAGAGCUGUUCCUGGGCCCUGACGAGUUCAUCGAUGCCAUUGCACCGGCGGAUGAGGACUUUCACAAGAUCAAGCGGGAACAAUACACCAUCCUCUUCCGUGUUGCCGACCGAAAGGGCACUGGCCGCGUCAACCUCGCCGACUGGACCUACUUUGAGAACAUCCUGUCCAAACCCGAUGCCGAAUAUGAGAUCGCCUUCCGCCUCUUCGAUGUCGAUAGGCUCGGCAGCGUCAAGUACGAAGACUUCCGCAAGCUGUACGAGCUCAACAAGGGCCCGACCAGCAUCCCCUUCAACUGGGAGUGCGAGUGGGCCAAGCUCUACAUCGGCGACCAGAAGAAGCGCCACGACAUGGACUACCAGCAGUUCUCCCAGAUGCUCCGCGGUCUGCAGGGCGAGAGGAUCCGCCAGGCCUUCCAGCUCUUCGACAAGGACGGCGAUGGAUACAUCGAGCCCGAGGACUUUGAGCGCAUCAUCCUCGAGACCUCCAAGCACAAGCUGUCGGACCACCUGCUCGAGAACCUGCACACCCUCUGCAACAUCUCCAAGGGCAGCAAGAUCUCGUAUGCCAACGUGCGGGCCUUCCAGAACAUGAUCAAGGAGAUGGAUCUGGUAGAGCUGAUUGUGCGACGCGCCUGCGCCAAGAGCUCCGACGGCAAGAUCACGCGCACAGAGUUCCUGAACCAGGCGGCCAGGAUCACCCGCUUCUCCCUCUUCACCCCCAUGGAGGCCGACAUCCUCUUCCACUUUGCCAGCCUCAACGACCCCUCGGGCCGGCUGGGCCUGGCUGACUUUGCCAAGGUCCUGGACCCGUCCUGGCGAGGCCACGAUGCCGAGGAUGGCUCGCAGCGCCUGCAAAAGACCAAGACGGCGACACAAAAGUUCUUGGCGGAGGCGCUCGAGUCUGCUUACAACUUUGCCCUCGGUAGCGUCGCCGGUGCCUUUGGCGCCUUCAUGGUCUACCCCAUCGACCUCGUCAAGACUCGCCUGCAGAACCAGAGAGGUGCCCGGCCUGGAGAGCGCUUGUAUAAGAACUCAAUCGACUGUUUCCAGAAGGUCAUCCGCAACGAGGGUUUCCUGGGCCUGUACUCUGGCGUGCUGCCCCAGCUCGUCGGUGUCGCUCCGGAGAAGGCCAUCAAGCUCACGGUCAACGACCUCGUGCGAGGCUGGUUCACCGACAAGCAGGGCAAGAUCUUUUGGGGCCACGAGGUCCUCGCUGGCGGUACUGCUGGAGCUUGUCAAGUGGUCUUCACCAACCCUCUUGAAAUCGUCAAGAUCCGUCUCCAGGUCCAGGGAGAAGUCGCAAAGACGGUCGAGGGCGCGCCAAAGCGCUCCGCCAUGUGGAUUGUCCGCAACCUCGGUCUUGUUGGUCUUUACAAGGGAGCCUCGGCCUGUUUGCUGCGUGACGUUCCCUUCUCCGCCAUCUACUUCCCCACCUAUAGUCACCUCAAGAAGGACUUGUUUGGCGAGUCGCCCACCAAGAAGCUGGGCAUCUUGCAGCUGCUGACGGCCGGCGCGAUCGCCGGCAUGCCCGCUGCGUACCUGACCACGCCGUGCGACGUCAUCAAGACCCGUCUGCAGGUGGAGGCGCGUAAGGGCGACACCCACUACACCGGUCUGCGACACGCAGCCACGACCAUCAUGAAGGAGGAGGGCUUCAAGGCCUUCUUCAAGGGCGGCCCUGCCCGCAUCAUGCGGUCGUCGCCGCAGUUCGGCUUCACGCUGGCCGCGUACGAGGUCUUCAAGAGCCUGCUACCCUACCCGGGCAGCGGCGAGCAGGCCAAGGUACACACCGGUGUGGCCGAGGCCGUGUCCACGCUCAAGGAGAAGGUCGACACGAGCCCGUUUGCGCGCAGCCGCAACGCGCUCAAGAUCAUCCUGGAUUUGGACGAGGACUUUGGAAAGAUCAAGGUGCCGGACCAGAAGGGAUGGCGGUCUCUGCCGGGUCUGAUGAACGGCGGUGCUAAGCCUUAA